CCCAGCCCCAGCGCCGGCCCCGGCCCCGGCACGCGCGCCCCCGGCCCCGGCGCCCCCCGGCCGCGGCCCCCUGCACCCUCCGGCCGCCCCCGCGCGGCCCCCGGCCCCGGGUCGCGGCGCGGCGCGGGAGGCAGCAUGGUGGAGAAGCGCUGCCCGCUGCAGAGGGACGGCGUGUACCGCUGGUUCUCGGAGCUGCCGUCGCCGCAGCGUGUGGAGUUCCUGUGCGGCCUGCUGGACCUGUGCAUCCCGCUGGAGCUGCGCUUCCUCGGCUCGUGCCUCGAGGACCUGGCGCGCAAGGACUACCACUCGCUGCGCGACUCGGAGAUCAAGGCCAACAACCCGGCCGACCUGGGCAGCCUUACCAACCUGACGGACGAGGUGGUGCGCAGCAAGCUGCUGGUGUCGCUGGCGCUGCUGGGCUCGGAGCAGCGCGAGGCGGCGGGCGUGCUCUACCGCACGCUCACGCACAUCGACUCCAUCAUCCACAACUACGGGCUGCAGCUUAACGAGGGCCGCACUGGCGAUGAGUUCCUGCUGCUCUUCACCAUGGCCUCUAAUCACCCGGCCUUCAGUUUCCAUCAGAAGCAGGUCCUGCGGCAGGAACUCACGCAGAUCCAGAGCAGCCUGAGCGGCGGCGGCGGCGGCGGCGGCGGCGGCGGCGGGGGUCCUGGAAGCAAGAGCGCUCCCGGUCCCGGCGGCGCUCUGCCCACUUGUCCGGCCUGCCACAAGAUGGCUCCGCGGACAGAGGCCCCGCUCCACGGCGUCAGCAACAGCCUGGAGAAGGCACUGCACACCUCAGCACAUUCCACGGAGGAGGCGCUGCCCAAGAGGCCCGUGGGGAAGCACGGCAAAGCGAGUGUUGAGAAGAUAGACCUGAAGGGAUUGUCUCACUCACACAGUGACGGAAAGGUCGACUGCUGCUUUGAGGUCUUGUGGUCUGAUUCUUCAAUAACAUCAGUAACCAAAUCUUCCUCAGAAGUGACUGAAUUUAUUUCAAAGUUAUCUCAGCUCUGCCCUGAAGAGAGCUUGGAGAAGCUCAUUCCUUGCCUGACUGGCCCAGAUCCGUUCUACGUGGAGAGGAACCACAUGGAUCUGGAAGCAGGCCUGAGGUACUUGGCUUCAUUGCCUUCUCACGUAUUGAAAAAUGACCACGUUAAGAAGUUCUUCAGCACUUCAUCUCCCACCCAACAGCUUCAAAGUCCAAGUCCUGGCAACCCCUCCCUCCCGAAAGUAGGUGCCGUGAUGGGCGUGUCUGGCAGGCCCGUGUGUGGAGUGGCCGGCAUCCCGUCCUCCCAGAGCGCUGCCCAGCACCACCUGCAGCCCUCGGCCAGCGCAGCUGCGGCCUUGCCUCACUGCUCCCAUGCCGGGGGCGCAGGCUCGGCGCUGGCCUUCCGGGCCCAGGUGGACGCCCCGCCGGCCAUCCUGAUGCCCUCCAGUCUGCAGGCCCCGCAGCCCCAGGAGCAAAAUGGAAUUUUGGAUUGGCUUAGGAAGCUGCGCUUGCACAAGUACUACCCUGUCUUUAAGCAGCUCACCAUGGAGAAGUUUUUGAGCCUUACCGAAGAAGACCUGAAUAAAUUCGAGUCCCUCACCAUGGGAGCAAAGAAAAAACUCAAGACUCAACUGGAGCUGGAAAAGGAGAAGUCAGAGCGGCGGUGCCUGAACUCCUCGGCCCCCACCUUGGUCACCAGCAGUGGAGUGGCCCGAGUGCCCCCCACCAGCCACGUGGGGCCCGUGCAGGCCGGGCGUGGUGGCCAUGCUGCAGAGCUGCGGGUGGAGGUGGAGCAGCCCUCGCACCAGACGCCCCGGGAGGGCAGCUCCUCCGAGUAUUCCAGCUCCUCCUCCAGCCCCAUGGGUGUGCAGGCGCGGGAAGAGAGCUCGGACAGUGCCGAGGAGAACGACAGACGUGUGGAUGUGCACUUGGAGGGCUCUGAUAAGGAGAAGCCCGUGAUGCUGCUGAGCCACUUCCCCUCCAGCUCCGCCCGGCCCACGGCUCAGGUCUUGCCUGUGCAGAACGAGGCUGGCUGUGGCCCUGUGGGCCACCACCCUCUGCCCCCACAGCUGUUGCCCGCAGCCUCGCACCUGGCACCCAUCCGAAUGCUGAGUUCCGUGCACAAAGCCGACAGGGGGGGCGCCGAGGGGAAGCUUCUCUCGUCCUCUGUGCACUCGCUCUUGUCUUUGGAAGAAAGGGGCAAAGGGCCCGGCCCCAGGAGCGGCAUUAAAGUGGACAAGAGCUUCGGCGGUGCUGUGCUGGACGCCCUGCCCUCGUCCACGCCCCACCCGCCCGUGCAGGUCCUCUCAGGACUCUCGGAGGGCAGCUCUGUGCCGCCCACUGUCUCCUUCGGGCCCAGGGCCAAAGUUGUGCACGCAGCCACUCUGGACAGGGUGCUGAAGACGGCACAGCAGCCAGCCCUGGCGGUGGAGACCAGCACAGCCGCCGCAGGGACGCCCAGCACUGUCCUGCAUGUGGCCCGGCCGCCCAUCAAGCUGCUGCUGUCCUCCUCCGUCCCUGCUGACACUGCUGUCCCUGGACAGACCUCCUGCCCCAGCAACGUGCAGAUCAGUGUGCCCCCUGCAAUAAUCAACCCCCGGACUGCUCUGUACACAGCCAACACCAAAGUUGCCUUCUCCGCAGUGAGCAGCGUGCCCGUGGGCCCCCUGCAGGGCAGCUUCUGUGCCAACAGCAACACUGCCUCCUCCAGCAGCCACCCCUCCACGUCUUUCGCCAACAUGGCCUCGCUCCCCAGCUGCCCUGCCCCCAGCUCCAGCCCUGCGCUCUCCUCCGUCCCCGAAAGCAGUUUCUACAGUGGUGGUGGCUCUGCGGGAAAUACUCCCGCCUCCAGUCAGAGCCACCACCACCACCACCACCAUCAGCAGCCCCCGGCGCCCCCAGCCCCCGCGCCGCCCCCACCCGGCUGCAUCGUGUGCACGUCCUGUGGGUGCAGCGGCAGCUGCGGCUCUGGCGGCCUCACCGUCAGCUACGCCAACUACUUCCAGCACCCGUUCUCCGGGCCCUCCGUGUUCACCUUCCCGUUCCUGCCCUUCAGCCCCAUGUGCAGCAGUGGCUACGGCUCCACCUUCCCCGUCGUGCACGCCCCCUACAGCGGCAGCGUGACGCCGGACCCCGUCCUGGGCGGGCAGUCCACCUUUGCUGUGCCACCAAUGCAGAACUUCAUGGCUGGGACAGCGGGGGUCUACCAGACCCAGGGACUGGUGGGAAGCAGCAACGGUUCCAAUCAUAAAAAGAGUGGGAAUCUGUCCUGUUAUAACUGUGGGGCCACAGGGCACCGUGCUCAGGACUGCAAGCAGCCGUCCAUGGACUUCAACCGGCAAGGUACUUUUAGGUUGAAAUAUGCCCCUCCAGCAGAAAGCCUGGACUCCACAGACUGAUAUUUUUCUCUGGCAACAGAACAUUAUUAAGCCAUGGAGACGUAAGAAAAGUUAAAUACAAAACUGAGACGUCAAGUUGCUGUUGAGCUUCAUAUUUUUGAUCCAAAGGUGCUUUACUUUACUAGACGGGAUAGAAAUCUAGUGUAGAAGUGCAUCAGACCCCACUUAAUUGCCAAAACCCUGAACUGGAGCUUGAUGUCAGGACUUGCCUAGGGGCACCUCUGUGUUCCAGACUUAGCCACCCCCAUGGCUGCAGUGCAGAGACCGCCUGUCUCCCAAAGAACAUCGCAUCGCUGAUCCUUCCAGGCUCACACGGUUCCAGGGCAGCUGCGCGCAAUCUGAUCCGACCGCAGGUCCGAGUCCUCCAGUGGCGUCCCCCAGAUGGACCCAACACCCAGGGUCAGGGAAAACGUCAGCUGUUUUGUUCUGCUUUUUCCUAAAGUGAUAGGCACUAAUCUCUGGGAUUUCUAAGGGUUGCACUACAGAAGAAUGUCACUGACAGACCUCCGCAGACUCCUGAGGCCCGUCAGUGCAGACUGUGGCCACGUGGGGAGGGGGCACCAGCUGGCGCUUGCCCGAGCACAAAGGAGGUUUCAGUAUGUCCUCCUUUCCUGCAGACAGAUUCACACGAUGCUAAGUGGAAACAGUUCAUUCUCAACUUCAUUUCUAAGGGUCCAAGUCCCAGGGAAUCGUUGUGGAGGCUUGAGACUGGCCCUCCCCACUGCUCCAUUGAGCGGCUCCGAUCUGCUCCCCACACAGACACCUCCUGCAGCAGAAGAGCAGCUCAGCUGCUGCCGACUCCAUCCGAUCAUCCUUAGCGAAGCUGGCAGGCUGUCGAAUCUCCCCAAGGGCCCGGCCCCAGGGCUUCCUGCUGAUGUGCACACUUGAGACGGGCCUUCCAACAGUAAUACAGUCCUGUGGUUGAUGAGCAAAAGCUCUGACAUGCUCUCCUGUCACUUUUUUUUUUUUUUUUUUAAAUUAGGCUGUGUAUUGAUAGCUAAUUCCGUUAACAGUUGCCUGGAAAACUUCAGUAGAAGGCAGAGAGACAGAGAGCGCACAGACCAGACACAGCCUGGGACUGGGAGAAGUCCUGUGUUUAAGUAGGAAUUAGCGCCCUUGCUAUAAACAUCUACAUCUCAGUCCACUGGAACGGAAGCACCUAGGGGCUACAAGGAUAAAGGGAAUCUUCUCUCACGGGACACUAUUUAGCCUUCAAUAUUAACACUGAUCGGCAAAGUCUUGCCAGGGAUUUUCCAGUUGAAUAUUGAGAAGAAAAGUCACAAUAUUCAGACCAUUCUGUAUUAAAAUGGGACAAUCAGCCUCAUACAAAAUUGGUGUAAAUCAAAAGAAAUGUCUUGAAUUUAAGGCAUUGAGAUACAAGGCUUCAAAUUUUAGAUCAGUUUCCUGACUUCAAGGGAACUAAAGCAGAAAGUUGUUACAUUUUUUAUGAAAGGCUUUUAGUAGAGUUUUGUAGUAUUAUUUUAGUAGAGUUUUAUUUCUAUGCAAUGCAGAAUUGACAGACCUCUGUAUUCUUCUCUAUUCGUGGUACACAGUAUUACACAGAGUUCUGGAAGUGACGGUGAUGCCUCUUAUGACAGCUGUUAGGAUAGGCUUCACGGAUCUCUUAAUCCAACACUACAAAGCAUCAACCAUCAAGAGCUGACACAACUUUGCCUUAAAGAGCACCAGACUGGAGUUUGUCCUGUUGUGUUCAAGAAGACUAGAGUGUUCAUCGAUGUUUACGAUUUUAAUACUUCUGAAGGCCGUCACAGCGGCCUGGAUAUGUGCUGAAAGCCAAACUUUUAAAAUUUUUUGGUUUUUUAAACAAAGAAAUAUUUUAAAUAAAUCCUAUUUCAACAUAGUGAAAUUGUUGAAAACUGUCUCAUAGCAAAAGAAGAAAAUCCUAUUUAAGUUUUUGUUUUAGUGUCAGUAUAGUGGAAUGAAAGUGUUGUUGUUACCCUUAGGACUGUUUUGAUAAAUAUUAGCGGUUAACCCUAACGUAACAAAAACUUAAAAUAGAAGCUUCCACCUGAAGCGUGACAUUCACAUUGAGUGCGCUGUCGGUCCCCACCUUGCGAUGGCUGUGUCCCAGCCACGGAGAACCUCCAGUGGUCUUUGAAGGUGAGUGCGUGGUGCGAGGUCGCCAGGAGGCCGUGCAGUCGGGGACUGGGAGACCCAGAGCGAGAAGCGGCGCAGAGGGAAUCCCGUCAGCCCACGAGCCCACACCUGCGUGUGGCCUGCCUGGAUGUCCUUGGCCAGCAGUGUCACCGUGGAUGACUCCUCCUUCCAAAGCAACCAGUCAGCCAGCCCGAGGAGCACCUCACACUUCACCAGGAGACACAGCGUCCUGGCCCUCGGGAGCCACCCUGCGGAGACCGGAGCCCAGAACCAGGUGGGCGUGAGGCACCGCGCUCCGUGGAGCCUGCCACGUGCUCAAGCUUCUAACUCUGUUUUAUCUCCAGGAAUGGGGACAGUGGAAUGUACAGAUCCAAGUAGAACAGUGUCGGGGUAGAACUGUUUAACCUUUCUGUUUUUUUUAAGCAAAAUACUCAAUUUUCUACCUUAUUUUCUAAUUUUUAUUUCAUAGUAAUAUUGAAAAUUGGAAAGUGUUUAACGUUAAAACUCCUAAUUGCUGAAGAGCACUGAGGAAAUGGGAGCUAGCACUUACAAUAAAAAUAAAGGCAAAACAUUUUCUCGAGCGCACAUAUGUGACUGGGUAUUAAAAAGCCAGCACUGCCUGCCUCCCCGAGGGUCAGCUUGUCCACACAGCUGUAGUGCACCGGCCCCUGCUCUCUUCCUGGGCGGGCCCCCUCCCGCUGCCUGCUGCUUCCUGGGGUUGUCUGACGCUAGUCUCGCAUCCUGGGAACUGCUGGCCUUGCCUGCUCAAGUCUUAAAGCUUGUAAGGGAAACGGCCUCCCUGCUCAGCCUCGUCCCUAAGGAUGGUCCUGUGGAACCUGAGCAGGGCUGGCUGUCCUUCCAAAAGUGCAGGUGACUUCCAAGGAACAAGUCAGGUGACACUGAAAGCCACGGGGCCUGAGAGGCUCUUGCUGAACAGUCCAGGACUGAGGCCACAUGGGGUCUCUGGUCCACUCUCGCAAUACUCUAGAAAACCACAUACUGUGCUGGUGGAGGCCACAGGGCCCGGCCACCACCCUGCUCAUCGAGGGGAGGGAGGGCGGCCACACGCGUCACUUCUUCCGACGAGGCGUUGGUGCCGAGACUCAAACCUUUGCAGCUUCUACCGGACAUGCUUUCUUUUUAGGAAUGAAGGAAUAUUCUCCCAUUUUUGAGCCAUUCUUUUGUCAAUUCUACAAAAUUGCAUGUAACUUUAUAAAUAUUUUUAAAAGAUAUAGUUUUGUAAAUAUUUAAUAUUCCGAUAAUUUGAUUUUGAAUUGUAAAUGUCAAGUAUUCUGUUUUUGGGGUUUUUAUGUUUUAUUAUACUUUGUUAAAAAGGAAAAAUUGUACAUUUUAGAAUGUUUUUAUGAGUAAAUUUAAUGUACUGAAAAUAAAAAUUCUAA